GUCGGCGCUCCCACUGCCACGGCGGCGGAGGAUGAGGGCGACGACGAGACUUUCAACCCGCACGCGCCACGCGCCGCCUACUCGCUGCACCCACUCGAGCAGCUACUAUACUGCGACGAAUGCAAUGCACCGCGCUGUCUGCGGUGCUGCAGCGAGGAGAUGAUGUGCUGGUAUUGCCCAAAUUGCAUGUUCGAGGUGCCCAGCAGCGGCGUCAAGGCCGAUGGCAACAGGUGCGCACGACAAUGCUACGACUGUCCCGUCUGCCACGCAAACCUCGCCGUCACUGUAGCUGACGCCUCCAAGAACCGCUCCGCCCAGCCGCAUCUCAAGCCUGAGGACGCGGCGGCGGCGGCAAGCGAGUCAUAUUUCCUGCUCUGUCAGUACUGCCACUGGAGCUCGCUUGAUAUUGGUGUGCGCUUCAGUAAACCGACCAAAGUCACCGAACAAUUGAGCAGGCUGUGGAAGUCGCGUAUAGCUCAAAGCGCUGAGCAACACGAUCAGCAGCCAGGUCCGCAACACGAUGCCGCAUUUGCCAGCUUGACUCGAUUCUACAAGGACCAAUUGAGUGAAUCAAGCGACCAGGCGAACCUCUAUUCCAACAGCCCGUACAGCUCUCCGGCGAAUCUGGCUCGCAUUAUGAGUCUCUAUGGGGGACUGUCACACAAUUCGCUCAAGAAAAGCCGAGAGAAGCCCCAACCCAUGCGAGAAGCUGGCAACCAUGCAGAGGGCAUUUCUACUUUCACAGCGGAAAGCGACAAUGCAGACGACGAAGCGAUUGACAGGAUGAGGCGGCUCGGUCUCAAGAGCACCUCAACACAGUCCCAACGCCUACAGUCACCUUACAACUUCGAUGCUCGACUCAUGGAGCACACCUGGCCCGUUGCUACAAAACUCCGAGUUCGAAGGGGGAAACGAUGCAGGACAUGUCGACAGUUUCUCGUCCGCCCCGAGACGAAGCCGGAUCGACUGCGAUACAAGAUUCGGUUACUUGCAUCCCAGCAUAUCCCGCGACUACUGGCUAGACCUCUGUCAUCUACAGGUCCGACACCGAACCCAGCCUUUCGAAUACGCACUGAAGCCGUGGAUGAGGUUAGGCUACAGCCCUAUCAGACGCUCCAGUAUGUUCUGACUGUACGCAAUCCCAUUUUCGAGACAGUGAAAAUCUCGCUUGCGACUCCUGCCACAACUCCGGGUCGAAUACAAUCCAAGGUUACAAUCCUGUGCCCUUCAUUCAGCGUUGGACCUUCUGGAGACAUGUGGGACGAGGCAUUGUCUCACUCUACAACUAGUGAGGGUGGUAGACAGGCAGCCAUGGCAUCCCUAACAGGCGCAGCUGAUGGCGACCGCCAGCCCGAAGCAGGCAAAAUCUGGGAACGUACGCGAAACACAACGUCGGUAAUAUUGGAAGUUGUUCCCGGCGGGCUACAGCGACGUCCCAGUAUCGUCUCCACCUCUGAUGACGGCCAAGAAGGUGAACUGGCGGAGGACGAGGACAUACUGGAGAUACCAGUUUACAUACGAGCCGAGUGGGAAGCAGAUGCCAGCGGGCAUGAAGCGUUGCAUCAUGAGGAAAAGGCCAAGCCUAGAGAGAGAGUGACCAAAGAGCUAGCAUACUGGUGUGUGCUGGGACUGGGGAGGAUAACGGUUAGCAGAUGAAAGCUGACUGCGCGGCAUGAUUUCGAUCUGCGAACAGUCAGGCUGCAUGAAGCAUGUGUAACAUGUGACGACGACUCGGCAAAAGUACCGACAUCGUGGAGUCGAGCGGACCGAACAGGACACUCCCAUUAGCGUCUGGAUUGCUCCGCCCAAUUGCAGCGCGAUAGCCUGGAAGCAGAGACAGAUCGCAAACAUUUGUUCUGCAUGAUGCGACAUGUCACGGCACUCUGUCCAAGGUACCCCAGUCACGAUCGGAUCGACAGCUGUGAGUUCAUGGGGUCUGUGCCUUGAGGUAUGCACAUUCAAGUUGCCUCACAGCAGCUAUUCACGCCUUCGUAAUGUGCAAGGCUUGCGAGAAAGUUUGCAGUUCUCAGACAGAAGCAUGACAACCUCGAUGCGCGGCGGCAGAGUCAAUAUCUCUCACUUUGGGAGCAGAGUCAUUCAAUUCACCAACCAGGACAAUGUCAGCUCUCUUCCUUCGUUCAACAUUCCCUUCUCUUUCACCUGUUGCAAGUGGCAAAGAACACUAUUCCAGGCACGACUGC